AUGCAUGCGGACAUUGAGGAGGUUCAUGAUAAUUUGCUUCCAUGUUGUACAUAUCCAGUUUUGGUGGACAAGAAGGCAGAAGCAAGAUCCAGAGUAGACAGAGAUGCAGAUAAUCAUCAACUUUUACAGUUGGAAGAGAAGGAUGUGGUGUCAUCUGUGGCUACAGUGCUUUCUGAUCUUUGUGGCCCUGGGGAAUGGAUGCCUAUGGAGAAACUCCAUGCCGAGCUGGUGGAGCAGUACAGCAGUGUCUGGCAUCACAGCCGAGUAAGAAAAUAUCUCACUUCUGAGGAAUGGUCUAGUCCGGAAUCCAAAGGGAAACCAUGGUUUGGCUUGCUUAUGCUGUUGAGAAAAUACCCAGAACACUUUGUCAUCAACACUAGAUCCAAGGGCCGGAUAACCCUGGAGUUUGUGUCUCUUGUGUCUCUGCUUUCAUAAAAUUGGGAAAACAUCAGGGAGUCCCACCCAGCACUUGGAGCAAUGCUGUUAAGCCGUGUUUAAGUGUGUUGCAGUGAGCAAUGGAGGGUGUGAAGGGAGACCUUGGUUCAAGGCAUGUACAUGAUAAGCAAGCAUGGAUACUAACUAUGUAUUGUCAUUUGUGACUCUCUGUUUAUUAGACAUAGAGGUGUCUUUUCUUUAAUUUUUAAAUUGUGGUUUUCACAUUUUCACUACUUGAGAUGGUGGUAGUAUCAAUAUAUGCCCAAAAGGUUUGUAACUGCCAAAUCUAAUAAGGAGAGGUUUCUAACUGCCGUUUAACA